UCCUGGAGUCAGCUCUCCUCUGCUCUGGUCUGACUUACUCUGCUCUCGUGUGCCAUGGUCUGGUAAGCCAUGUUUUGCUCUUAUCCUCUCUGCUGGGUUCGACACUAUUCUAGUAUGCUAUAAUUGUCUCUACUCUGCUCUGCUCUCUUCUGCGCCAGUCCACUCUGGUCUGGUCCACUCGGUUCUCUUUUGCUCUGGUCUUCUCCGCUCUGCUUUCUACUGCUCUGGUCUGUCAUCUGCGUAUGUGACAUGGACUCUGGACCUGUCUUCACACACGGGGGAAAAACUAGAUGAGCACACACUUGCACACAUUAACACAAACUAACACACACACACACACACCAGCACACUAACACACACUAAUUCACUAACAUCCAACAUAACACACAGACACACACACGUACACACACACCAACACACACAAAAAGGAUCCUGGGACUCAACUGCAAAGGAUCCCUGGAGCCAGGAGGACUUCCAGAAACAACAGCAACAAGAACAGGUGCCAGGUUAUUUUCUAAUGGAGUUCUGAUAGUGUGUGUGGUGUCUGCAGGUGUGUUUGGUGUCUGCAGGUGUGUGUGGUGUCUGCAGGUGUGUGUGGUGUCUGCAGGUGUGCAUGAGACUGAAGGCCGAGGAUGAAGCCUGGAGACCAGCACCUGGCGGUAGCGGUUGGAGAUGGCAGGAAGAUCUCGAGAGCAGAGUUCCUGUCCUUACUGGACACGUACAACUGCUUCCUGAAGGACAAGACUCAGCUGCACCUCCACUACCAUCUGGUUCGAAGAGAGGAGAGGGCGACGAACGGACGAGCAGGCCAGGAGAGGAGCAGAGAGGAGGAGGUUGUGAUGGAGGGCAUCCUGCCCAUCUCCUGGGGCGUACGGAGUCCCAUUAGGCUCAAAAUGCAGGAUGAGAAACAAACCUUCCCUUUAACCAGUCCGGCCACACCUGGCCCUGUCAGUCCAAUCAGCCCACUGGAAGCCAAAAGGGGAAUGACCAGGUGGGGAGAGUUUGAUAACCUUCAUCACAUUGAUGAGAUAGAGGAGACCAAUCAGGAGGCAUAUGUGGAGAGCAAAACCCACUGUACUGGCCCCCGGCUGUAUGAGAGCACCACCCUCAUGAGUCCCUCCAGACUGCGGGCAGCGGCCCUGGAAGAGGAGCAGACCAACCUCAUACGCUGUAUGAGUGAUGCCUCAUUGGUCAAGAGGAGGAGGGGGAGGAGCCGAACGUCCGAGGAGAAGGAGAGGAACAGACGGCAUCGCUUCUCCAUCAACGGACACUUCUACAAUUAUAAGACCUCCAUAUUCACUCCAUCCUAUGGGACGUCCACUAAUGUACAUAUCAACAGCACUAUGACAACACAGCAGGUCAUAGGUCAGCUGUUGCACAAGUUCAAGAUAGAGAACGACCCUCAGGAGUUUGCCCUCUACUGUGUCCAUCAGAGUGGAGAGAAGAGGCGCCUGGGGGAGGGAGAGCGCCCCCUGUGGGAGCGCGUGCUGCAGGGCCCCUCCGAUGACUUCAUGAGGAUGUUUCUGAUGGACAGAGACGAGGAGGAAGUCAGCAACGACGUGGCCCAGUACCUGAACCUGGAGCUGCCUCUGCUGGAGGGAGUACUGCAGAAGCUGGAAGAGGAGGAGAACCGAGAGGUCCAGAGGGUCAUCAACAAGUAUCACCAGCAGCAGAGACUCCUGUCUCAGUGUCUGAACACAAAAAUCCCACCCAACAUAGAGACCAGCGUGUGAUUGACCGACCUGACCAGUCUACAGACAGGUGACAACAGACUACCUGACCAGAUAAGACAGGUGACAACAGACACACAAGAAUGGACUACAGACGCAGCCAGGCAAGCCACAGAUACAAGGACAUACUUGGAACAACAGACGCCUGCAUUUCUUCAGGGUAGUGAUGUAAUUAUCUUCGGAAAAAGACAUUUGAGAUGCAGGAAAUCCUAGAGAUGUAAAUGAUCACUCUGUAAAUAUAACUGUUAUUUUGAUGCAUUAAAUACAUGUUGUUCUAAUCCCUCUGUAAAUAUAAACGUGAUUCAUUAAAAAUUGUGUUUUUUUACUGAAGAUUGUGGUGUCAUAGGCAGUGAGUAUGUUGUUGCCUGUGUGUGUGUGUGUGUGUACUGUGUUUGUGUGUGACUGUUCCAGUCUGUGUUUAGCCGAGAGGGCUGUUUCCCUCAUUCAGAAGCAUGUAUUUGGGGCCGUUGCUAAGUGCUGGGUACUGAUGGAAAUUUGUCAUAAUGCCUGAAAAAAAGAGUGAAAAUAAAUGUUUGGUUUACAAGG